UCGGUCUCUGCGGGCCCUCGCGCGCGGCGUGCGGCAGGCUCGGUCUCCCUCCGGUGCCCCGCCCCGCUGGAUCAUUUGGGGUCGCGCGCCUCCGGGCCGAGCCGCUGAGUCCGUGGCUUUGACUGACGCGGUAGUUGCGCAUCCGGCCUGAGAAACUCUGUGAGAGAGUGCUUCCAGUCGGCUCCCCGGAGUGAUGCCUACCGCAUCCCAGAGUGUACACACCCCUGUCUCCAGUACCUAGAUCAAGAAAGAACCUUAAACAGUACAUGCAUUCCAGAAGCCCUACUUUGUGGUGCCAGCUUAGCAAAGCUUCAAUCUUGGAGUAAAAACCAGGGACAUUGCCAGAGCAAAUAAGAACAAAAGUACAAAUGGAGGACUGGUCAAAAGAUACAAAUCUGCCUAACUAAUACCUUCAUUUUAAGAGGAUUUAAAGUUUGAUGCUUUGGAGAAGUCAUCACCAGAAAGCAGAUAUAGCCCACAUUUAUCUUGAACAAGAUACUGUUGGGAUAAAUAAAAGUACAUAGAUAGAUGAGCAACUCACUAUGAAUUCUGAGGGAAGCAUGCAUCAGAAAUCCAGUGAGUUAGCUAAUGAAGUCACAUAUGAGGACCCUGAAAUACCAGGGUGGAAAUCUAGGAAUUUUCAGAUCUUCAGCCCUUAUCCAGAUGAUGAGACAUCUGAAAAAUGCAAAAUUAUGGAACAAAGAAAGAAUGAAUUGCAUUAUGAACAUAUGAUUCCUUGUCAAGUUACUCCAGACCUAAAUAAAGAGACAACUGUAGCAUUUCUUCUAAAAGAAUUGGAUAUUCUCAGAACAAGCAAUAAAAAGCUUCAAGAAAAACUGGCUAAAGAGGAUAAAGAACAGAGAAAAUUAAAGCUUAAACUGGAACUCCAAGAGAAAGCAGCAGAAGCUAAAAUUGCUGAAAAGGCAGCAGCUCUGGUUGAAGAAGUGUAUUUUGCACAGAGGGAACGAGAUGAAGCUGUUAUGUCUAGGCUGAAAUUAGCCAUUGAGGAGAGAGAUGAAGCAAUCACACGAGCCAAGCAUUUGGAAAUAUCUCUAAAAGCGCUAGAAAAUAUUAACCCUGAAGAAAAUGACAUGACAUUACAGGAAUUACUGAACAGAAUAAACAAUGCCGACACAGGAAUAGCUAUUCAGAAGAAUGGAGCUGUAAUUGUGGAUAGAAUCUACAAGACCAAGGAAUGUAAAAAGAGAAUAACUGCCGAAGAAAUGAAUGCAGUGAUACAAGAACGGGAUGCUGCUUUGUCUCAGUGCAAACGGCUAGAGCAGGAGCUUCAUCAUCUGAAAGAGCAGAACCAGACUUCAGCAAACAACAUGAGACAUCUGACUGCUGAAAACAAUCAAGAACGUGCUCUGAAGCUCUUAACAAAAGAUAAUCACAGAUUUAAGGCAAAGUUGUUAUCAAUGCAAGAAGCCAGAGAAGCUGCCGUUGAACAGUACAAAAAAUUGGAAGAAGAAAUCCAGACACUACGAGUUUACUACAGUUUACACAAAUCUUUAUCUCAAGAAGAAAACCUGAAGGAUCAAUUUAACCAUACACUUAGUACUUAUGAAGAAGCUUUAAAAAACAGAGAGAACAUUGUUUCCAUCACUCAACAACAGAAUGAGGAACUUGCUACCCAACUGCAGCAAGCUCUGACAGAGCGAGCAAACAUGGAAUUACAGCUUCAGCGUGCCGUAGAGGACUCCCAAGUGGCCAGUGAAAAGGUUCAGAAGUUAGAAAGGCUGGUGGAUGUCCUGAGGAAGAAGGUUGGAACAGGGACCAUGAGGACAGUGAUCUGACAGGAAAAAAAAAACGACAGUCUGGGGGAAGCGAUCACAUCUGGUGACCAGGCUGCUUCAUUCAACACUGUGUAAACACUAAAAGCCUUAACUUAGCAAACAGUUGUUAGAAGUGGGACACUCCAACUACAUUCCAAGCUGAGAAAAAAAAUCAAAUCACAAAUGUUUAACCACUUUGCUGCUGACUUGAGUUUUUUAUCCAAAUAUAUUAAACUAUAGACUUUUACCAAUGGGUACCUAUAAGGUUGCAGCUUAUUUUGUGACUAUUUUAUAUCUCAACUUUUUAUUUAGAGAUAUAAAUUGUUUUACCAAGAGACCACUAUAGAAACAUGGUAAAGUUGGUCAGGAUCAUAUCUUCACAUAUGGCCCUCUCUGAAUCAAAGUGCAGCAAAGUAAAUAUUGUCUAAGCCUUAAUCCACUGUGUUAGGUCAAAACUUCAAAUAAAUGCAUUUUCCAAUAUAGAGUAUAUUUCGUAACUGAAGAAGGAUGUUCAGACAUGAGUUUGUAAUCUUCCUUUAGUGUACGUAUUUAAUCUUUGUUAAUAUUAAAGAAUAUUACAAAUAGAUGCCACAAAUUAAAUGUAUAAUUUGCUUUAAUGAGAGUUUAGUACAUUAAAAUUACAUUCAUCAGGACAUGAUUUUUAUUUUACUAAAAAUAAAUACAGACUGCAUUCAAUAAAAUGGAAGAUUAUUAAUGUGUAUUUAUAAAUUCAUACUGUCAGUAUUUUUAAUGUUAAGACUGGAUAAUUAUCUAAGCUCCACCUAAGCUGUAGAAAUUGCCAAGUUUCUGUCUAUUGGUCUGGUACACUUUUGUCUUGAAAAUUAGCUUGUGCCAGCAUGUCUCUAUCUGAAAAGGCAAGAAGCCAUCAAAUCUACUAAGUAUUCUUAUUGAUUAUCUUUUUUUAUAGAUUAUUGUUUGAAUUUUGUUGUAAAGAAGGGGAAUUCAGUAUAUAAUAUACCAUAAAAUUAUAAUGUGCAAGUAGUAGGACUUAGACAAAAGUAAACCUGCAUUUGGUUCAGGUUGCCUUUAUUUCAUAUAAGAGGUAAGAAUUAACUUAAUUAACAUUUAAGAGGUAACUUAAAAGUUAAAGCAUAGCCAUCACUUCUACUCAUAUGAUGUCAUGAAUAAAACUGAAACUUUAUAUAUUUGGCUAUACAAAAAAUCAUCAUUAUUUUAGAGUGAAAAGUUGAAAGGGCAAUAGGAAAUGACUAUGCCAGGAACAGGGUGAAAUAAACAAACAGUAGUAGUGAAAGGUUUGUAGACAAAUAAAAAUUUACGUGCAUUUUUUAAUUUAUAUUUAAGAUUGUGCUAAACUAGAUACUGUUGCCUAUUUUCAGGAUAAGUAUAUUCAAGGCAUUGUAUUGUGUCAUUUUUUAAGAUGCCAUUAGAGAUUAUCCAUUAUUUAAUUUACUUUGCAGGAAAUUUUAAAGUGCUUGUCAUAGAUGACAGAAGAAUCAUAAUGCUAAAUACACCCCAUUCUUCCUUAGUAAAUCUGUAGCUAUUAAAUUAACUGACAAAAUUAUCCCAUUGCAUUAAAAUUUGGAAUUUACUCAUGUUUCCUGCUUGUAAUGAUUUUUUUAAAUGAUGAUAAUUUGAAAAUAAGGCACAACAGGGGUUAAAAAUAAACUAACUGGAUUUGCCCUAUAGUUCUAAAAAGAAUCAUAGCUUUUCAUAGGCCAGUGACUAUAUAAACAUAGACAUGUGUAAUACUUUGGUCAUACAUGGAGUCUUGUCUCUGGGCUCUAAUUUAAACCCCUAAAACCCCCUUGUUUAAAGAAACAGCACCCUUUAAAUCAUCCAAGAAAUGCAGGUAAGUAGAGAACAGUUCUUGUCACAAAAUAGUUUGUUCCUAAACCCUCUUAAAAGAAAUCACAAGUAAACUUGAAUUUUCAGUUUAGUCUUGAAGAACAGACUAACUUUCCUUGGGUUACUUUGGAAUUUUAAAGUACAUGAAGGGCCAUAUCAAGAUAUCUUUCAGUUUCCAAACAUCUCCUCCUAUACCUAAAUGAUAUAAUUAGAGCAACCAAUUCCUAUAAUCAAUAUUGUGAAGUUUUACAGAAUAUGAUUAUAAAGUGAAAUUUACAAAACAAUUAUAGUAUCUACUUUUGUUCAACCUAGAUAAUCUCUCAAAAAUAACCCAUCCCUUUGAAAAUGAGUUUCAUUCCCUUGAAAAUGACUUAGUUAUCUGCAAAAUUAACACAUGCAAAGUAUUACAGCCAAAUAUUGUCAACUGAUUUCUUAAGUUAAAAAUGUUGACCAACACAAUAUUUCAAAUAGUCAAAAUUUGUUUUGUAUGAAAAAUAGCCUUACUCAUUGAAAAUCAGGUAGCCACAUAUUCAAUCCUACCACAAAUCCAGAAGUGUUUCAUUCUGCUCAGCAAUGUUGCUGUGAGUUUGCUUUAAACGUCAAGUGUAAUUCCUAUAGUAACAUGAGAAUUCACUUCUUGUAAAAAUAAGUAGUCCUGAGGAAAGGCAGAAAAAAAUGCUAAAUUUUUUAACACUUGAUGAUUUAUGAAAUCCUUCACAUCUUUGUUUUUAUUUGCUCCUGUCAACAACCAUAUAAUAAUAAUAAAUUAUUUAUGUCAACUAUAUAAUAAUGAUUAUAGGGCUUUAGUAUUAGUGUUAUUAUUGUUGUCUUAUAACUAUACUCCAUGCAACUAUAGGUCUUCAAACCUUUCUGUUAGAAAAAAAAAGUAGUAAAGAUUUUUACUCUAGUAAUUUUUGUUAUUAUUCUACCAUUUAUUUUAUACACAUAUAUAUGAAUUCCCUAACCGUCUAAAGACUGUAUGCAUUUCUUUCUAUGACGUACAAUAAUGUGAACUGUAUGCAUAGAUAACAUCAUAUUAUGACCACCUCUCUAUCAUAUGAUAGUAGCAGCAUGCUGUACUUCAGGUAUCACUAAAAUAUAACCUUGAAGUGCUUUGGACUAUUUUCAAUUUGGCCUGAUGAUAAAUUCUAACACCGUACUUUACAUAGUAUUAUAAACUUCUUCAAGACUUGCUUUAAUUCCUAGGACAACUAUUAGAGAUAAAACUAUAUAUAAGCAAAGUUAUUGGUUAUAAGCAAUGUGUAGACAGUUGUAGCAAAAUUAUUAAUCAUUAAUAUAAAUAUUUUUAUUCUACUUUUAUAAAUAAACCAUUAUAUUUAAAGAUAGCUAAAACAGUUUACAUAUUUUAUAGAAGAAAUAUUUUAUAUUAUUUUCAGUGAUAAGAUUGAUCCUUUGUAUAUUUUCUUAUUCAAUUAAACUUUAGAGGGCUGGAGAUUUAGCUCAGUGGCAGAAUACAGACUUAGCAUGCAUGAUGCCCAAGGUUCAAUCCCCAGAACCCUCCCCCCCAAAAAAAAUUAAGAAAUCUUUUUAUAAUCACAUCACUUAUUGAUAUAAUUAGUUUAUUUCACAAGAAAGAAUAUUAAAGAUUUGUAGUUUUAAUAUUGAAUAGUGUCACAAUGUAUAUGUAGAAAAACAUUUUAUAUGUAGUAUUUUUUAAGAUCAUAAUUAUUUUUUAAAGUUACCAUUUUCAAAUAGUCAUGAUUAAUAAAGCAUUAAAUGAUAAAAUAGCCGUGACACAUUUUGUCUUCUCACAUAUGGCUUGGAAGGAAGUCAGAUUUUCACAGAUAUUAUUGUUCUUGGUUACUGUUAUGUACCGUUCACAUAUCUAUUCAUAUAUACAGAUAUACCCAUUCAGACUGAAAAUCACAUUUGCCUUUUUAAAAAAUUGAUUUAUAAGUCAACUGUUGAGCUCCAGUGAUUUCAGCAUUUUGUUCGUGUUUUAUUAGAAAUGCACGUGGUUUCUGAGGCUUUUAAACAAAUACAUGAAAUGGUUGAAAGAUUUAUAUUGCUCGUGCUUAGCUAAAUAUGUCAUCUCUAGAAAAGCUGUGGUUUAUUUUGGCACUGUUUUAAAAACUCAAAUAUUUUAAACAUUUGUUAAGUUGGAGCUUGUACAUUUCAACUAGUAGCAUACGUUCCAGAAUAGCAUCUCCAGUUACCAAAUUUUUUAUAAUCCUUUUACUAUAAUAACCUUUUUUGAAAUGGUUUCUUUUCUUUUUUUGUUAUGUACUUUAGUGUAAGUUAGGUUAAAGUUAUUACCUUUUGAUGUAGGACUUCAUAAUAGAAUUUGGCAAUGGUAAAUGUGUAUUUUUGGGGACCAUUAAAAUGUUGUAUGCUAUUCAUCUUCUUUGCAGAAGUAUUAAUAUGCCUACUUUUAAGUUUAUUUUCUAAAUAUAGUUUUGGAGUAUACUAAUACUUUGGAAUUCACCAAUUUCUUGAUUAUAUAUUCAUUAACCAAGCUGUAUUUUAAUGUACUCUCAUAUAUAAGAUAUGUAUUUACUUUUUAUUCACAUAAAAUCCCAUAUUGCAAAUCCUACAUGUUUUAUUGCAAUUUUUAUACAUUGAUCUUGAUUAGAUUUGUAGAUGUACAGUCCUGAAGACACUGUACUGGAUAUACACCAUAAAUAUAUAUUGUAGUAGGGAAACAGAUUAAAUUUCCUAUCAAACUGUGUGUGCCUUCCUUAUUAAAGACAAAAGUCAACACGAAUAAAUUUGUUAGUUGCAUUAAGAACCUUUCAAAAUUAUUUAAAUAUAAAAUUAUAGUAAAAAGUAUUGUAAAUAUUAUCUUUGGUAAAUAUGAUUAGAAAAAAAUGAAGGAGAUCAAAUUAUUUUAACUUAAAAAUAAUAGAUUGGUUCAAAUAUAUUACAAAGCACCUCUAAUAAUUUUGGAAUAUGUGUGGAACUUUAUUGUAAUCAAGAGCUGAAAUCUGCUGGGUAUAGUGGCACAUCCCUGUAACCUUAGCUCCUAGUAGAGAACCUUUGGGUUCAAUCCCCAGUACCAAAAAAAAAAGCUGAAAUAACAAUACUGCUUCUGCUGUAUUUGAUUAUUGAAUUAUAAUGAGAUUAAUAUAAACAAAUUACGUAACUCUAUAUUAUGAAUUUUGAACUUAAAAGUUUAAGGUAUGUGACAAAGAGGACUGAAAUGAGAGUGGAAAGUAGGAGUCUUCAGGACAAAGAUUUUGAAACUGGUGAUAUGUAAAAAAGGUCAUGGUACUAUGUAAACACAAGUUGUGUCUCACCAUGUUUGAAACACCAUGUUGUCCCACCAAGGCCUUCCUGAUGUUUUUGUGAUAUAUUUUACUUCUGCAUCUGUAUACAAUGAUCAUGUUCUUAACUAUUUUUACUUUGAACAGUCAAUUAUUUUAAGGAUAUAUUAAAACUUUAAGAUGUUUACCCA